AGAGAGAGAGAGAGAGAGAGAGAGAGAGAGAGAGAGAGUAGGGGAGCGAGAGAGAGAGAGAGAGAAAUGUGUGAGUGACUCUCGCGCAUAUUGCUGGAAUCACGGAGCAUCACACACCUCCGGACAUCUCUGGACUCUCCCGCGGUCAAACCGUCAAUGGAGCUGAAUGUGUGAACUUUAAUUAAACCAUACGAACACCCCAUCGAUACGGACUGGGACACAGAGCUCGGGAAGCUCUGUGUGUUGGAAGGCGCUGCGCGCUGCAGACAUGGGUACCGUUCUGUCUCUGUCGCCGAGGUCAAGGAAGGCGGCGGGCGGUGUGUGUGUGGACGAGAAACCUGACCUUGCGACCGGCGGGAAACAACAGGAGAAGAGCCUAAAGAAGCGCCACUCCGUGCUGCUCCAUGCUCUGACGUGGAAGCGGCUGGUCGCCGCCUCCGCCAAGAAGAAGAAUGCCAAAAAGGUGAACCCCAAACCCGAAGCCAGCCAGGCCAAAUCUGAGCCCUUGGUGGACCAGCUCAACACCGACAACAUCAAGAAAUCACAACCGUCCAACGGAAUACUCGACCGAAAACCGACAGGGCCCAAACCCGGGCCAAUUCCUGUGCCUGUUCCUACAGUACCGGACCAGACCCGGCGGCAGACCCAGAAUGGCCGCUCUUUCAUCUCCCCUCGGAGGGUGGUGGUGCAGGCGUCCACCGGCGAGCUCCUGCGCUGUCUCUCUGACUUCCUCUGCCGCCGCUGCUUCAAGCUCAAAGAGCUCACGGCCAAUGAGGUCAUCCUGUGGUUCCGGAACGUGGACCGGUCUCUGCUAGUGCAGGGCUGGCAGGACCAGGGCUUCAUCACCCCGGCUAACCUGGUCUUCGUCUACCUGCUCUGCCGAGAGGCCGUGGAGGAAGACACGGCCUCUGAGUACGAGCUCCAGGCGACCUUCCUCACCUGCCUGUACCUGGCCUACUCUUACAUGGGCAAUGAGAUCUCCUACCCGCUCAAGCCGUUCCUGGUGGAGUCCAGCCGGGAGGCCUUCUGGGAGCGGGCCCUGGGCCUCAUUGACCGGAUGAGCGGGCCAAUGCUGAGAAUCAACGCAGACCCGCACUACUUUACCGAGGUGUUCCAGGACCUGAAGAACGAGGGAGGGUCAAGAGAGAAAGAGAAGGAGAAGGAGAAGAAGGAGAAAGAGAAGGAGAAGGACGGGAAACGGAUAAGUGAUUUGGAUCGUUAAGAACUGGAUGAGGGGAGAAGGAGGAGAGAGAGAGAGAGAGAGAGAGAGAGAGAGAGAGAGAGAGAGAGUGAGAGAGAGAGAGAGAGAGAGAGGAAUUUGGUUUAGGACAAGUUCGCGGACACCAGCCACACACCCGCCGGUUGUUCGAGCGGGGAUUGAAUGUAUAGCUACUGUUAGUGAACCGGACAGACGCACGAGGGGGAUUUUUUUAUCAGGAACCGGAGUCUGAGGAAUCAGGAGGAAUUGGUUACACGCCUCGCUUCACCUCGCCCGGUUACCGAACUGUCGUGUCGUUCCAUGUGUUCAAUCAAAGCUCGGGGAAUCUAACGGACACUACACGGGGCUUUGGGUUAAAGGGGAUAGCUAUAGUUCACUUUACUGCAUGCUGUAUAAAAAGUAUUCUGAUUGUACCUUCAUUGUGGCUUUUGAGAAAUGGAUAGGCUAUUAUAAGGUGGACUAAAGUGAUAGCUUAUAGUGCGUCAGUGUUUUGGGGUCAUAUUUAUAUAUUCGUUUCAUGAGAGGGGAAAAAGACACGGUGCUCUCCCAGGUACUGGACUCAGUGUCGCGAGAGUCGCUGCCUGCCCCCCACCCCCUCUCAACGUUGAAUGUACAAUUUUACCACUUCAAACCAACGGGAUUCUUUACCGUUAACAUGUGGCAACUGUUACUAUGGUAUUAUAAAGCGUUCUGUUUUAUAUAUUGUACAUUCAGAAAUACAAGCAUAAAUCGUUACAAACGGUC